CGUUAUCGAUCUAUUCCCGUCUCUAAUCCGGUACGCUUGCAGCUCUUAUUUAACGUUUUUGAAUGAAAAUGAUACGGAAUCGUCUUGCCGUGCAGCUCCAGCGACAUGUGCUGCAGAUGUCAAUGUCUACGAAUGCAGCAGCAGCCGCUGCGCCCGCGGAGGGAGCCGCCAUCAGUGAGUUCCGGACUGCGGUGACCAAUCCCGGCGAGCACUCGGCGCUCCAGGUGGCUAAAUUCUACACGAUUCCGGCGGAACAAAAAAAGCAAAUCUUUGCCGGAGGCGGACUGCCCAAGCAGUACGAACAACAGAUCAAAACCUUCACAGAGGCUUGUCUAAUGGUGAGGAAUCCUGCCCUGGAGGUCCUCGAAUAUAUUAAGAAGGCGGAUCUGUCCAAGCCGGUGGUGCGAUACUUGCUGUACGGGGAAAAUGGUACGGGUAAGACCCUGACCAUGGCCCACGUACUGCACUAUGGUGCUCUGAACGAUUUCCUGCUGGUGCACGUGCCAUGGGCGCCGAACUGGAUGAAGCGUCCAAAGGAGGCUUCCAAUGCUGCGGGCCAGGAGGGCAUGAUCGACCUGCCCUUUGACGCGGCAGCUUGGCUGGUGCACUUUAAGGGCCAGAACAGCAAGCUCCUGCAGCGCCUCGAACUGAAGACCAGCAAGGAGUAUGUGUGGAGCAAACGAGAAAGUACCCCGGCAGGUUCCACCCUGCUCGAGCUGGUGGAGCACGGAAUAGCCCGCAUCAAGUACGCUUCGGAGACCACGGCGGCGCUCAUUUCUGAACUGAAGCUGCUCUCCACCGCCGGAAAGUGCAAGGUGAUGGUGGCCAUUGACGGUUACAAUGCCUUCUUCCACCCAGUUACUCGCAUUUUCUCCGACAACAAGCAGCGGGUGACGCCCGACAAGAUCACCCUCACCCACCCCUUCCUGAACAUCACCCGCUAUGACUGGACGAACGGUGUGUGCAUUCUUUCCGUUGACAAGAUCGCUAUGACCGAGGGCCACAUGGACUCCUACAUGCCACGUUACUUGUUGGGCACAGAGGGAUUUGAGCACUUGGACCCCUUCGUGCCGAUCCAUGUGGAGAACUACAGCGAUAAGGAGUUCCACAGCUACAUAAGCUACUACCUGGAUCGCCACUGGAUCAACAAGACGCCGCAGGGCUUUGAGGAGCAGCUGAAGUUUAUGAGCAACAAGAAUCCCUACGCCCUGAUGCAACUGGUCAGAGCCUUGUAGGUGGGGAUCGUCCUGUAUUUGUUAAACUAUAAAAUUAAAUGAUUUGUUAAACACAA